CGGUCUGUGCUCUUACGAAUGAAUCGCUCUCGACUCAAAUUUGCAUUUUCCUGCAAUCCCAUUAGGGUUACAAUGUAUUUUUACGACCAGUGGUGGACGAUAUGUAUUACAGUAACUGUGGCACCUAUUUCUACUCGAUUUUAUGUGACUGGCACGUUCGAGAAGAACGUGCGACCAUGUGGCCUCUUUUCGCGUGAAAGUUAACCAUUCCGACACCAAAAUCGAAUGCCGUAAUGGACGGUUCUUCUAAGCUUUGUUGAGAGAUACGAGGAAGGAAAUCGCUAGAUAAAUAACACGGAGGGAAGAUCGGCAAGCUAAAUCCUAAUUAAAGAUGAUAUCGCCGAACAACGAUGUACCGUUGUGGUCUGAUAUCGCACUUCGUACUUUAGUGAAUACUGUUUCGCAUCCUAUUAAGUAUGCUAAGGUUUUGAUACAGAUCGGAUACGAACCGAUUCCACCGAGACCGACAACCACUCUAUUUGGAAAACCGGCUCUUGCCUUGCCUAACAUAUUCCAAUAUGUUAAAUACAUUAAAAAUGUGGAUGGUUAUACUGGCUGCUACCGUGGGCUCAUCCCAAAAUUAUGUGCCUAUACAGUGAGUGCAGUAGUGUUUGAAAAAACUGCCAAAUUAGUUAAAUUCGAUAAGGAACCGAGCAAAGAAAUCUGCUAUGCUGAUUUAGAUGAAAGUCAAAGGCGCAAAAAGUGUAUAUACGAGCUGAUAAGAGACCUGAUUAGUAGGAUCGUUGGAAUCAUAGUUAGCCAUCCGCUGGAUGUAAUUGCGAUAAGGAUGAUGGCACAAUUUGUUGGCGGGGAGACCAAGUACAACGGACUGUUCAGAUCGUUUGUGGAAGUAUACAAAGAGAAUGGGAUCAUGGGAUACUUUGCGGGAUUGAUACCGCGUCUCAUCGCGAACGCCAGUGUAUUAAUAUUAGUCAGUUCGUCUGCUUAUGUUAUCGACAAGUACGUUAUAGCCGACCGUGAAUUGAAACCGUACAUCGUCUCUACCAUAGGGUUUGUGGCAACGACAGUCACGUAUCCAUUUUUAGUCGUGUCAAAUUGCAUGGCAGUGAAUAAUUGCGGUUUAAUCGCGGGUCUUCCUCCACAAAUGCCAAUUUACGACAGCUGGUUGCACUGCUGGUCGCACCUGUCAGCCUCCAAUCAGUUGAAAAGAGGAAACAGCCUUAUAUGGCGUUAUUACACAGGACCACAAGUGAUAAUAAAUGGACAGGCAAUGCCUAUUAGCAAAUACAAUUUCCAUUUGAAAACGACUUAGUAAUAACAUCACAUUUACUUGUAUUUGAAAAGAGAAACAGCAGUAAAAUCAUUCUGUGCUACAUAAUUUUUUUAUCCUAAUUGUUACUACACCAAAUAUUGAUUAAAGACUUCUUUUUUUAAUUCAUCUCGUAAUUCAUCUCGCCGGGCCAUUCGAUACGUGCACGAGUAUUAACAAUCAGUAGAAUUAAGUUAGUAUUUAACGUUCUCUUUGGUGUUCAAAAUGAAGUAAACUUAAUUCUUUAAAAUGAAUGGAUACAUAGAAACAUAUGUAUAUACGUAUAAGAAGUUGAAUAGUAUUUCUUUGUAUUAAAGAUGAUAUGCAUUGGGUCAGAAUUGUUCGAAUAUUACACGUUUCAUGUACAAAGUGUAUAUGUUGAAUCACUUUGAGAAAUACCUUCAGGUGAUCUUUUAUGGUAUUGUACAUAUAUAUAGCAUGAACUAGAAUAAACAAAACGGGCAAAUAAAAUUGAAACAGUAUUGGU